AUGGAUUCCGUGUUUAGAUCGGCGACGGAGAAGCUUGAGAGAGAGCACAGAGAGAGCAAAGAAAGUGGGAUAGUAGAACUCGAACGACAGAGGAAAGCCGAUGAUGCUGCGACAAGGCAACGCGAAGCCGUUGAAGCUUCUCAGAGAGCCAGAAGGCUACAAGAAGCCCUUGAAGCCCCCAUGAGGGUUGAGGAUAACCUUGGCGAAGGAACUGAACACAGAGGAGAGAUGAGAGAGGAAGCAAAGGUUGAUCGCCUCUCAGAUGAGGAUGCCCAGCGUCUGGUUGCGUAUUACAUAGAUCUAAUGCAGCAACAAGACGUAGCUGAAGAUGGUGCUCCUGUUGCAGGAGGAGAAGAAGAAGAAGAAGAGGUCUGUUAUCAAGAAGACUAA